GUCCCUGUGCCAAUCUCAAGGGCCAACAGGCGGACAUUGCUGAUGUCCAUAUGGAGUGGGAGGGUGACCGUGUUGUUCGCCGACAGGUGAGGGAGAACAAAUGUUUGUUCAGAUCAGAAAAGAACACCGAGGAUGUGCCCCAUGUGAACGUCAAAUCUGCCAGUGCCAACUAUGAUGUCCUUUUACCGUUGGCCCGUCGGAUGGUUGAUGAACAUGGGGAGUGUCUCAUGGUGUCCAUUCCUGCCCUGGUACUAGAGAUUACCAAGUUGGGAAUUUCCAUGGCAGUCCCCCUUGAGAAGAAGAGGAUUCAAAUUGAUGCCUGGCUAGCCAAGAAGUACAUGGUUCUUCUUAAGCGAAAACUUCAGCGAGGACAGGUGGUUCAGUUCGAUGAGAGAGAUGAGGAAGACAGCGACAAGGAGGAGGACCCAUCGGUCUCUGACGCCGCAUUGACCGAGAAUGAUGGUGUUGAAAGUGAUUCUAUGCCGGUGAUGGAUGAUGAAAUUCCUGCCUCUCAACCAGAUAUGAAUGAUGUGGUGGUGUUGUGUGAUGGUGAAGAUGAUGGUGAAGAAGAUGAAAGGGUAGGGGUCUUGGUGCAGGGUGAAGAGGAAGAGGAAGAGUUCUCCCCAGGGGACAAAGCGUUGCCCUAUGAGCCUGACAAGACACCCACGAAAAAGGCCCCCACCAGUUCGAACAAGUCGGCUGGCUCAGCUUCCCAGACCAAAUCCAAAUUUCAUAUCUUUGAUGAUGAUGAUGACAAGAGAAAAUCUACACCAGAGCCCGACUUUGACAAGGAAACGUUUGUAGAUGGGAAGGGUGGUAGCAAUGGUUCAAUCGAAGAGUUGAAAGCCAAGUUGUUUAACCUACGCAGGCAAAAGUCCGCACUGAUUGCAAGCCAGCCAAGUUCGAUCAAGCAGCCCAAACAAGCAGUUGAGCUGAUUGAGGUCCCAGAUACUCUUGGUUUUGGGGGUGAUGAGGUGGAUACCUGCCCCAUGAAUCUAGAGGAGUUCAUGGAUGAUUUCAUGAAUGAAGAGGUUGUUGCGGACGUGGAGACUGAGCCCCUUCCCAAUGCCGUACUUCUUCGACGCCAGCAACUUGCUUUCAAACAGAAGGCAGAUGAAGAUGAUGAUGAUGAAGGAGGUGAAGGUACAGGGCCAAAAGGAAGAGGAAAAGGGAAGGGUCGUGGCAAGGGAAAAGGGAAGGGUCGUGGCAAGGGAAAAGGCAAGUCUGCUGGCCGUGGCAAGGCCAAGGCUGUCGACAAGACUGAGAAACCUGGGUCCAAAACAGCCCACAAGAGGAAGGCAAAGAAUGUUGCCCCAGAAGAAUCCGAGCCAUUGGCUGAAGAACCACCCGCAAAGAAAACUAGGACUAGGAAACCAAAGGCUUCAGUAGAGAAGGCCCAGGCUGAUGAAUCUGCCGUGGUGCAGCCUGAUUUGGGUGGGGAGACCCCAGAGCCAUCAGUGAGCAAGCCUAGGAGGUCGAGGGCUAGCGCCACCAACACGAAGGACAAGACAGGCGACAAGGUUCCAAAAGACAAAGGUGCCAAGGUUCCCAAGACUCAAAAGAAGGCUUCGCAGACUGACACAGGAAUGGACAAAAAAACAAAGCAGAAGAAAGAAACCCAGAAUGAUUCCAAGAAAGGAGGGGAGGAUUCCAAUGGCAGAGAGGUCAAGGAGGGGGAUGAUGAUGAGAGCCUCAAGUCGUUCGCUCGCCGUGCUCGCCCCUCUUCCAACCCCUGUGCAAUUGCCAAAUGGGAUGCUGUUCGCCAAAGUUUCAAUGACACCAUCCGCUCCCUUGCCAUUCAAAAAGCUUCCGCUCAUGAGGGCGCCAUGGCUGUGCCCAAUGAUGAUUUUUCUCCACUGGACCGUGUCUUGAAGAGGCUUCAUGCCAAUGGCGCACCGAAGGCCUAUUCCUUUGUGGAACUCUUCUGUGGCCAUGCUUGGGUUAGCAACACGCUGGUGCCUAGCGUUCAGAUUGGAAACAUCCUUGCAGCACGGCAUGGGGCCUCAGCCAAGCAAAGAAGUGAGUGGGUGGUGCUGCCUGCUGAUACACGCCUGUCUGGCCAUGGGUGGAUGCUUUGUGCUGGAGCAGCCGAGUUCGUCAACUUGGUCUUGGUUGCCACGGGUGAGGGAACUAUUCCACCACUUGAAAGAGAGAUGCUUCAAGUGAAACGUGAAGCAGAAAGCAAAGAGGAACUUGAGCGAAAGAUCAAGAUCCUGUUUGCAAAGGACUACGAACGAGAGAUUCUAGCUCUGAGACAUGAUCAGAUGAGAUCAGACCUGUGCAAGUUGCAAGACUUAGUGUGCCAAUCAGAGCGGCAACAUUCGAUCAGAGAAAACCAGCUACGUGACAAGCUUUGGGCCUUGUAUCAGAGGGCAGUAGACUUUGCCACCAAGGAAGGCACAGAAGCAGGAGCCAGAGCACACAUUCGAGAGAUCAUACGUCGUCGAGGUGUGGAACCGCUAACUGAUGAUGAAGAACAGAACGAGAAGGACGAGAAGGAUGAAGAUCAGGUUAGGACUGGAACUAUGCAGCGACAGAAGCGCUCCGACAAUCGCGACAACCCUAACACCAAACUUGUCGGGGGUGUUGCGUACCAGCCAACUUUCCUCUUGGAUGCAGUGCUCUUGACAGACAACUUGAUCCAGCCCAUGUAUUUGAAGGAUACAGUUUCAAGGAGCUUACAGAUGGCACUCUCGAGCAAGCUUCUCAAUCACCUCCACGUCAGUUUCGAAGCUAUGUGCGAUGUUUUGAACUGGCUAUUGCCCCGGCGCCAAGCACUGAUGUUCUUGAGUGCAGAUCUUAAUUCUUCUUCCAUGGCCGAAUUUACACAGAAAGAGGUGGACAUGAUCAAGUCCGUCAUCACUGUAAAACAAAGGCAAGCUUGGGAUGACAGCGUGGUGGAGCGGCUGAUGGACAUUGACCCUGAUUUGACCGAAGUGCAGGCGCAAACCUUUCUUUGCGCAUUAGCCCAGAACUUCUACAAGGUCCAGUACAUGCAGAAGCUGCAGAAGUGCCAGAAGCUUGCGCAACAUCAGCUACUGCCUCAUCAUCAGUGGCGCGCCACCUUCAACGCGGAAGGCGCCUUCAACACGGAAGACAUUUGUCCGACAACGUCGAAGAGGAAACAGAAGAAAGAUGCGAAAACCACCAAGAAAGGCAAGAGAUCCAGGGCACCCAGUGCGACGAAAAAAACAACUGCCAGAGUUGCAUCUGUCCGCAUUCCAAAAAAGCAACGCAAAGAAAAGAAAGAAACCGAAGACGAUGUCAAACCCGAAGACAUCACAAUGACAGAAACACCGUUGAAGCAAUUGUUUCACUGGCCAGAACAAAUGGCCAAAGUUUUUUUCACUGAUUGCUGUGAUGCUCAGAAGAAACCAGUCCAUGUGCAACUUUGGACGGAGUUUUCUGGGGCUGGCACACCAGAGUUCGCAUUGAAAGCUCUAGCAUCUCAGGUGCCAGAACAUCUUUCCAUGCAAGUCAUGAGCCAAUGUGAUUGGAGCCCCACAGCUCAGACAUGUUGUAUCAACAACAGUGACAAGGAUACGCACUUGUUUAGUGAUAUUGCAGAUAUCAUGUCAGAAGAAAUGAAAGCCCGGGCCGAACGAAGAGUGGCAGUGGAGGUACACAUUUCCAAGCAGGACAUUCUCAGAGCCCUUGGCUCCUCUGAGUUUAUGAAAGGUGAUUUGGUGUCAGAUGAUGAACGCGCAAAACCAGCAGUUCACAACAUUGAUUCGCUCUUCAAGAAAUGCAAGGGCGAGACAAACAAAGGCUUUUUGAAAGUGAAGUUCUUGGGAAACGCGCUCAAGGAUUACCAGCUGAUUCGAGACCUACUGAAUCAGGACAACAAUUUGGCAGCUCACACCUUUAUCUUUCUCAGGAUGGUCUUGGAGUAUCGCCCAAUGAUAUUCCUUCACGAAAAUGUGGUUGGCUUCAUGAUUUCAUUGCUGGAGGAUGUAUUGAGUCCUAUCUACAGGCUUGAUGAAAGCAUCAUUGCAUCUGAAGCCAUGAACUUUCCAGUAGAACGUCGUCGAAAGUACUGCAUAGCACGGCUGAGCGACAAUUUCAAGACUUGCAACCCUCGCCGGCAACUCUAUGCACGUUGCAUCGGCCCUGUUGGCAGCAAUCUUUGCAUGCGAACUGAAGGAAGUCCUGUGGAACUUCAGCCCCCCAAUGUGCCUCCAGAGGAGGAUGAUGAUCCCGAUCAUGGGGAUCAGGUCGUUUGUAUGAAAUGUGAUGAGCAAGUCCCAGUGUCCAAGACCCUUUCAGCUGGGCGGCCAGGGUGUCGAGUUUGCAAGCUUUGCUACAACGCGUGCCGUAGUUUGGCAGAGCACUAUCGCAAACGAGGCAAGAAAGAUGAAUGGGACAAAAUGCCUGCAGCGAAGAAGAAGAAGAAGUUGAUCAAGGAGAACAAACAUGGUGGUGGUAUCCGUGGGAAAGAACGUACCAUCCGCAUAACGGAGGAGGUUGAAGUGAAAGAUCGGUUAUCAAUGGAAGGCGAGACCUAUCACACCAAUGAAAUCGAGUGUUUCAAAACUGCAAGCAACUCAGGUUUGCUGCCGAAUGCAGGUUCUGAUGAACGUGGUUUCAAGACUUUGGCAAAGCUCAAGAAAUUGAGUAUCAGAGGUGGUCGCGAAUUGUCUCACAAUCGGAGCAUGACUCAGAGCGAAGUGCAGAAAUGUGAUGAAUCUGAUCUUCACAAGGUGAAAAAACGACCGAUCAAUCUCAUCGUGCUGGUGCUGGUUCAGCCCUUGGAAGCAAUCGUGGAGGAGAAAACCAUUACCGAUGAAAUUGCUCUUGUUGUCAGCUGUGUGAAGUCAAGCGAGUGCUACGAAGACAUGCGUGCUUUUGCAGACACCUGUGACUCAUGGCUGGAAACAUUGGUUGCAAUGGCGCCAGACUCUGUGCGUUCAUCCUUCACCUACAAGAAAGAUGAUCCAGAUGAGCCAUUGAGUCCAUCUUCCAAGUUGCUCCGUUCUCAGUUCUUUGCGAGCUCUUCGCCAUCUGCUGAUCUUCUCUCCAAGUAUGAGACCAACCUACGUUCCAAACUCACUGAUGUUGUGACUCUACGGAAAAAGUUGGAUAAGAUGUUGCAGAAACAGUGGGAUGAUGAACGUGUUCAAGAAGAAUUGCGGCAAAAAAAGGCGUCAAAAGAUGCACGAGAAGCAGAAAUGCUCAAAGCCAAAAAAAAGAAUAAGGGUGGUGAUGACUUUGAUGAUGCACCAGAAGCUGUGCAUCGCGAGCAAGAGAGCAUGGAUGGUGGCAUUCCAAAGCUUGUGCAAAAUGUUUUGACGCAUUCCAGCAUGGCCAUCUUCGAAAUGAUCGAGAACGGACUGAUUACUUCGUCUUCUUUGAGCAUGGAAGCCAGUGCAAAUGUCCAGGUGUUUUACAUCGAAAUGUUGGAGAGCUGCAAGGUAUUCACUCAUGAGACUAUCGCGUCGACAUUUGCAGUCUUUGAUUGGAUGUUCAACCAAGCCAACCGCUUGAAAGAUCAGUUUCCUGAACACGCUGAUGCAGAAAAAAUCCAAAGCCUGCAGUCUUUGCAGAUUCACAAAUUCCCUGCUGAUGCAGCCACAUGUGGUUUGACGGAUAUGAUGCUAGGACGGGUGAUUUACUGUGUGACUGGAUGCAGGCUCUACACUGGCAUUCCUUUACAUUCUUUGAUCACCUCAUUCCAGAAGAAUUUCAAUCGGUCGCCUGCAUCGCUUGGGGAUUGUGCAGUGUGGUUUCGCAAGCAGAGCCUGGAAGACAUCAUCUCUCAGGGGUUCUAUUGUUUGCUCGGCCCUGGCGACAUUCUGGUUGUGCCCUCCGGCUACAUGAUUCUUGAGUGCUGCCUUGGAACCACUGGAUGCGAAGUCAUCACAUGGACAUGUCUUUAUCCUAGUGGUCGCAGUGGUGCUAACACUUGGCGAGUUCAAAGUACGUUUGUACAUCAACAAGGGCUACUCGACAUUCCUGAUGAAGCACCAGAGAAGUUUCAAAAGAUUUUGGGACAUCUCAAGUCCGGGCUUCAGUUGAUGGACAAAUUCUUGCUCCUUGCAGAGGUCAAGCAGGAAGAUCCCCGAGACCGAUCCCGAUCUCCAAGGCGUAAGCUGCAUGCUGCUCCUUCCACCACACCCGCCGUCGCCGCCACUACCGCUGGCAUUGACUAUUCCAAAAUUGAUUUUGGCCUAGGCCUUCCAGACACAUGCACUGUCAGCGAUUUGUGUGAUGCGCUGCGGCGGUACUACAAGCAGGACAUGAACACCGGCGACAUUUCCGAGCUUGAGACCAUUGAUUCCGAUAUCUUGGAAGCAAAAAAACAUCCGGAGUUCCAAGCAUUUGUCCAAUAUACAAGAAAGGCUGAAGGGCUUGCUGAGGAUGAAUGGGAGUUUGGUGGUGACGGCGGUGGCCAUCUUGAAGAUAUGGUAUCUUGGAUCACAUACUUGCACAAGCAAAAAGGCGCAAUCAUUGAGAAUGAACCUCAGCCUGCAUCGUCAGCGAUUUCUUCUCAGCAGGAGCGAGAGCCAGCAGUGCCAGUAGUGCCAGUGGUGCCAGCGGAAGAUGCAGUGUCAGCAUCAGCCGUAGGAUCAGAUCCCAUCCCCGCCACCACCAUCAAUCCCGAUGUCACAUGUGACCAAAAGUCCGCAAGUGAGGGCGAGGGUACGUCCGUGCCCGUUGUUGCCAUUGAGCAAAGGCAAGAGCGGGCAGCUACAAGUGCAAACCACCAAGAGCACAGUGAGACCGAGACUGAGACAGCAGCAGCAACAGCAGCAGCAGCACCCGACGCACCCGAGCCAAAGCCAGCGGGCAGUGAGAAAGCACCAAUUACAGUCUUCACCGAUCCAGGAAAACUUCCGCAGAUGCCAGUGGUCAAUUCAGAUGUGAUUUUGACAUACCUCGACCCAGAAACCAACAAGCUAUCUGGGAAUGCACGUCAGUCUGCUUUUGACAAGUGCUAUGGCAACACCCGGAUUGUUGCCAGGCCAAGUGCGUCGGUGGCAGCAGAGAAAUUGGCUGUGCAGGCUGAUAUUCGAAGUAGUUUCCUGAAGGGUGUUUCUGCUGGUGACCAUGCCGAUGCUAGUGCAUCCUCAGGCAAGGCUGCAGAUGCUCUUGCACUUGCAACACCUUCUACUCCAAAUGCAGCCGUGUCCGUCACCACAAGUGACCCAUCGAAUGUUGAGAGGGCGGGUGGUGAUGAUGAUGGAUCAAAUUCAAAAGAUGAAGGAUCAUUGGAAGCCCUUCUGGAAGAAAUGAUGGAUGCAUCCAUGGAGAAAGGCGAACUUUUUGCAAGCCCCAGCCCCAGCCCCAGACGCCCCAAUGCCGCAAAGGCAAAAGCAGCACCCAAGCCGGAGCCAAAAGUUGCCAGAGGAAGAGGAUUCGGACAUGCAAAUGCCACCCGUGCACGAGGCCGCGGGCGUGGAAAUGGUCGUGGCGAUGCUGGCAAACAUUUGGAGGACGAUGAGUUUUUUUUGGUGAAAGUGGUGGGGGAUAGGAUGAAUGCUAACAAAGGGAAGAAGCCAGCAAAGUCAGCACCCACAGCUGCAAAAGCAGCACCGGCACCCAAGUCAGCGAAGACAGCUUCGUCUGCCCCUGUGACUGCAGCAGCUGCAAAGGCGGCACCCCCUUCCAAAGUGAGUGGGAAAUCCAGCAAGGAGUCGGAGACCCCAGUCAAAGAUGGGAAGCGGUGCCCCAAAGUUCCUGAAAGUACACCAGAGGUUGUUCAAUCCCCGGCGCCACCAGUGUCCAAGCGUCAGAGGGGUAAGCAGCCAGACCCAGCAAAUGCCAAGAUGCAAGCUCAGCUUGACCUGAUGGCAAAAGAAAUGGAAAAGGCUAAGAAAGUUCAGAAGAGCUCCCCUGGUACGAGUUCCACUACUGCCACUCCAAGUGCAAAGCACCCAGGUCCAUCCCCGGCCUCGGCUAAGCCACGUGCUUCGUCCAAGGUUGCUCCUCCUGACGCACCAGGGUCGGACAGCGACAACGAGGAGCUGACCCAAGGUGCAAAAUUGGGCCGGCUGAGACGACUGUGCGAGCGAAAGCCAAGUGGCAAGUUACACGUCCCACUUGAAGUACAUGAGAAAUGGCUCCAGAAGGGCCGUGCUAGGGAUGAACUCUUGGAACAACUUGAAGCAAGUGACUGGUCAUACAUCGCAGGCGUUGUCAAGUACUGCGAGAAGGAAGGGAACGAACACCUAUGGAAGAAAGACAAGUACAAUAAGAAGAUUCGAAAAUACUAUGUGGAGACUGCUGAGUCCGAUGAGUCGUGCGGUGAAGAUGUUGAAACUUUGAGGGAAACGGAAGAGCUUGAGGCUGACAGUCCAGUGCGAUUCCAAAGGUUGCAAAGGAAGUCAAAGGCCUUGGCAGAGUUGCCAUCCAAUGGUGAAGAAAGUGAGUCUGAGGAAGAAGAUGCCAAGGGUAAGUCUGUGCAGGCCAACGGUGGCCCACAGGAGUACAAAAACAUGAAGAAACUUGGUGAUUCCCUGUUGGCCCGUUCGGCCAAAGUCACUGACCUGAUGUCAAAGUUGGAAAGUCAUGUCCAAGAAAAGCCGGAGGGAUCCAUGGAGAAGAAACGUGUUACCAGGACUUUGAAGUCACUUGAGAAUGCCAUCGAGAUCCUGGAAAAGGAGUUCGAGGGAAUCGAGGCAAAGAAGGCCGAGGUAUCGGACUUGCUGUGUGACAAGAUCGAAGAGAAGCAGAAAGAGAAGCUCAACGUGACUGAACCAGAUGAGAAGGCAUCAGCAUCGGCGUCACCCAUGCCAACUUGCACCAUGUCCACUGGUGAGGAAAUCGCUGCCGCUGCUCCCAGCGCUCAAUUCUUUGCUGAAGUUGGUGCCACUUUUACUGCUGAUGGCUUUGAUUGGGGGCUCCAUGCAGCCACAUCGUGGAGCUUGCGAAAGAAGAGGUGCCAUGCUCUAUUUCGCAAGUACGGCUGUAGUGCCCCAGUGGAGCUUUCUUACAUCAAGUUGGGACCUGGCAACCUCCAAAAGUUUGCAAUCAUUUUGUUUUCCGAUUGGGCAAAACUGUUGUUGAACACUGGACGUUUUUGCCGACAGCUAUGUGGUGUGAGCACCUUCCGUGAGAUGAAAGAGGUGCUAACAGAAUUUUGGGAUCGCUACAAGGCUUUACAUAGCAACCAUGACCUUUUCAAAAUGGAGGAUGUGGACCUCUCAAUGACUGUUCCAGUGUAUUCACACACAGAUGAAGGGCGCUCAUACAAACACCAGCCGCUUUGGGUUUUAUCCACACACGGAUGCAUCGGGAGGGGCACCAAAACCUACAUCAGCCGCAAACUCCACUUGGUUCCUAUCAAGCAUCGGCCUAUGGGACUGAAUUUCAUUGGUUCGACAUGGGCCACCCAAUUUAUGACGGCUUCAGCCCUUAGGGCUUCCUUGAAUGAGACACCAGGGGCCAUGGACAAAAUUUUGAAAGCCUAUGCUGAAGAUAUGUCAAGGCUAGCACAUGACGGAUUGGUUGGCCCGGAGGGACAUAUCAGGCAUGAAGCGGACGCAUUCCCACGUGCCAAGGGCAGGGAGUUCAAAGAAACCUUGUCGGGGUAUUUGCUGGAUGUGUGCCAAGUCUUGCCCAGUUGGUCGGUGGAGCAAAGGCGUUGUGGCAAGUCAGUUCAUGCGGCAAAAGCAACCAAAGCGAUCAACAUGGCCAUGAGCUUUAUGUAUGCCAGUG